AUGUUUACGACAUAUCCGUUUACGAUUUUCACACCCUUUCGUUCGGAGACGAUCGGAUUUGCCGUUGCACACGCAAUGACCGUGUAUUUUCGGCUGAACCUAGAUGUCCUCAAUCGAUUGCGCGAGCCAAGCAAAGCAGCGCCGGGAAAAAAGUCCUUAGCUUCGACAUCAAGCGCUGCCGCACUAUCUUCCCCAGGCGGGAGCGGAGUGACUAGCAGUCGAACAACACUGGACUUUCCAGGGUCACCAGCGAGUGGCGCGCCGAACAAUCAAAAACGCUUGCAGACCAGCCCAACCGCUUCCUCGCCACUGAAUAGUCCUAAAACGCUGCAAGUUUCGUCCCCACAACACGGCGCACCGAUUGGGGACUCGAGCAUCACAAAUACUGGCACAGAUUCCUUACCGCCGCCGUUUGAAGUGGCAGACACGCGGAGGAUACACACGGUGAAAAUAGUCGCAGGUGGAGGGGGCGUGUCUGCUGUGUCGCGAUCCUUCGUUCGCCGUGCUUCAGCAAGUGAAGGGGGGGAAGAUGGUUAUGAGUAG